GUGACCCCCAGCGGAAGUAAACAGUAGCGUUAGCUGCUAGUGCUACAUGCACCGAAUUUGCGGUAAAGACGAUACCGUAGUCGUUGCUAAGAUAAGGACACACAUUAUAAUUAAACCGUAAUGUCUUCAUUUGAGUAUUUGAGAGGAUUUGUUAACGAGCGACUGACUGUUGCUGCUGAAGAAAUAUUCGGAGUUUUUGAAAGAACUAUCAUUGAGUACCAGGAAGAGAUCGACCGUCAGCGCAAACUGUUAGACGUCGUUUGGAAACCUGGAAUAAAGCUACACAGGAUAGAGCUCCCAGAGCAACUUGUCUGUGAGGAGGAGGAGGAGGAGGAGGUUCCUGCUGACCAGCAGCUCUGUAUUCAGGAGAGUAACUCCAGUCUGGACCAAGAGGACCCAGAGCCUCCACAGAUUAAAGAUGAACCAGAGGAACUCGGCAUCAGUCAGGAGGGAGAGCAGCUUGUCGUGAAGCAGGAGACUCCUACUUAUGAGGAAAGUGACCACAGUGAAGAUCAGACCAUGUACUUGAAUCCUGAUGGAAGUCAGUGUGCAGCAGAGACAGAGCUUCCUGCCAGCAUAUGUUCCAAUGAUCUAAGAGACAAAUCACCUACACAUGCAGAACACAAUCAAAAUCACAAUACCAACGGUAACACAAACAACAUAUUUGACUCGACUAUGUCCACGUUUGACUGUGAAACUCCGAAAGCUAAAAAGCCCCUCAAAUGUGACACGUGUCAGAAAGACUUUAAGUAUAAAUCUAAUUUGCAAAGACACAUGAGAACCCACACAGGUGAGAGGCCUUUUUCUUGCAACACAUGUGGGAAAGGAUUCACUGAGAGAUCGAAGCUGAAUAGCCAUAUUAAAAUCCACACAGGUGAGAAACCUUUUUCUUGCCAAACGUGUGGAAAAUAUUUCAGAAGUCAAGGUAAUUUGAAAGUGCACAUGAGAACCCACACAGGUGAGAAGCCAUGCAUUUGUAAAAUAUGUAGUAUUGAUUUCAGAUUGAGCCAUGUCUUGAAAGUGCACAUGAGAACCCACACAGGAGAGAAGCCGUUCAUUUGCAAGACUUGUGGGAAAGGAUUUAAUGUCCAAUCAGCAUUGACACGUCAUAUGGGAACCCACACAGAUGAGAGGCCAUAUUCUUGCCAAACAUGUGGGGCAACAUUCAAACAGAGUCUUGAAUUGACAGACCACAUGAAAGCCCACACAGUUGGCAGGCCAUUUUCUUGCCACACGUGUGGAAAAGACUUUAAACGUUACAAUUCCUUAUUGAAGCACAUGAAAAGAGCCCACACUGCUGAGAAGACUUAAUACAAUUAGUGUCAAAAGGAAUUUGGGCAAUUAGAUUUCUGUUUUUUGAUCUCAUUAAUGUAUUCUUACCAUAACGUUUUGUAUGGUGAUGAUUUGAGUAAUGUGGGAUUCAUUCUGAAGUUAAAAGCUAUUAGCAAUUUCUGUUCAUCAGUGCUGCAGAUGGGUGUGUGACAUACAAAAUAAAGUUAUUUUCAGAGUGUUGAAUUUGAGGUAUUCUUUGAUUAUUCUCC